CCGAAACUUCUGUGCCCCCUCCGGUGUGACAGUUGGAGCAGCGAGGGGCGCGUGGUGGGCCCGGCCGCCGUGCCGCCUCCAGCCCCCCUGCUUGUUCGCCACAUGGAGGCGGAGGAGGAGACGCGGAGGCAGAAACUGGAGGCCGGCAGGGCCAAGUUUACUUACUUCAGACAACGAAAAACAAAAAGCGACAUCACGCAGUCGCAGAAAAAGACGGCGAAGAGGAAGGGCUCGUCUGUCCACACACAUGACGUUCCGAAGGAAGAGUGCGCACUAGCGGCCCAAGAUGUUGGUAAGGGUAUAGAGGGUAAGGCUGAAGACACCAACCUACUAGAGACAACCACAGACACAGAGGGGUGUGCUGACUUUUCCAGCUGGGAUGUACUGAAUUAUCAUGCGGCUGAAAAAGAUUUGAUAAAUCCUGCUGCAGAAUACAGUGAGCUUGAUGCUAAGAUGUGUCAGAUGAGAACAGAUGAGUUAGAGAACAGACUUCUGGAGAAACAGGAAGAAGUUGAAAGACUCACUGCACAGAUGGAUGAGCUACAGAAAGAACUUACCCAGCACAGUGACUCUAUGCAAAGUCAGGAAACUACCGUUCAAGAGCAGAAUGAAGUCAUCAGGAAACUAACAAGCUGCCUUCAACAGGCAAAGCAGGAUCAGGAUGACCUACAGGAGGAGGCUUCACAUGUAGCUGCUCAGGUCCACGAUUUACAACUUCAGUUACAUCAGGUUAAUGAGAUGCUGAGGAGUAAAAGCCCUGGAAAAAACAAAGUAUUAGAAGCCCAGCAGCAGAUGUCCUUGUUUCAGAACCGUCUCAGAGAGCAAAAUGCACAUUUGGAGAUGCUGCAUCAGAAAGCACAUGACCUGGAAGUACAGCUUGAGUCUUCUCAAAAGAAUACCAAAGAUAAAGAAAAUCUGCUUGCCGAAAUGGAAGGGGAUAUGAAAGGUACAAUGCAACAGUUAUACAAAAGCAUAGAAGAAAAAGAACAACAUAUUAUAACUCUUCAAGGUCUACUGACAUCAGAAAGAUUUAGCUUGUAUAUACUACAACGUACCCUUUCUCUCCGGGACUCAGAAAUAACAGAAUUAAAAAAUAAAAUAGCUGUAUCCAAAAUGAAAGAGCAGCAACGUAUUGAAGAACUAAAAAUCAGUCAUGAGAAGGAUAUUUGCAGACGGCUGGAGAACUUGAGGGCUGAGCUGGAGAAGUGCAACAGAAGAGAGAUUGCAGAAGCCAAGCAGGUAUAUGAAGAACAACUAAUUUCAAAAUAUAAGAAUGAACUUGAACAGUUAAAAAAAGAACUCUAUGCUCUGAAUUCUGAAGAACACAUUCAGAACUUGAAUGGCAUAAUAAUUGACUUAAAUAAUAGUCUUCGCGAGUCUGAAACUAAUGAAGAAAAUUUGAGAAAGAAACUUGAAAACCAACGGGAAGACUUCCAGAGAGAAAAAUUUGAAAUUGAGACUAAAUACAAGGAUUUAAUUGAUGACCUUAAGUCUCAACUUUCUGAUGCAGAAGAGCAGGUCAAGGAAGCCCAGCGAUAUAAAAAAGAAAACCAGUCCUUGAAUGAAGAGAUUCAGAAACUGAAUUCUUUCAUCCAGGAAUUAAAUGAAAAGCAACUCUAUGAGGCUGAAAAAAGUAUAGAUGAAAGGCAAAAGCAUGAUGAAGAGAUUGUCUCCAAUAAAAAGCUAAUGAAAUUGAGGGAAAAACAGAUUUUACCAGAGGUAUUGCAGCUGCAGAGAGCAGAGCUUGAGGAGAUGUGGAAUAAACCACAUCAGUUGAAAGGUGAAGGCGAGCUAGUUCGUGAAGAACUGGAAUUCCAGCAUGACUUGGAAGUAGACUACUCAAGGGAUCAAUUAGAAGAAAUUAAGAAUGCAAAGAUCACAGAGAAUAAUGAAAGAGGUGAAGGAGAUAACCUGUCUGAGGAACACUUGUCAGAACUAGGGCUUUUCAGGGGUGAUGAAAGCAUACUGGCUAAAUAUCUCCUCUCUACAGAGAGACCAGAAGAGUCAUAUGUGUCCAGCACUUCUGAAGGUUGUCCCGUUGAAGAAGGUAGAUGCAGGAGGUAUGGGUUAGACAGUAGUGUUCUUCUAGAACCCAGCAGAGAUUUUAUAGCUCCUCCAUUAAACUUUGGCCUUGAUGAGGAAACGUGUCCUAGUGCUUUGGCUCAAGAGACUUUUGAAGAGACUGAGGUGGGAGCAGAGGCCUUUGUUUUGUUUUUGUCAGAUAACUCCCUGCAGCAAAACAAAGUAAGUGACCGUGAUGAUGUAAAGGAUGAUGAGACAACUUGUUCAGUAGAGAGAUGGGUGAAACUAACUCAGCAGCUCCAUGAGAAGGAGUCAGCCUUGAAGAAAUCUUAUCUGGAGACCCAAGAAGCUGUUGGAAAAUGGGAAAAAGUAAUGGCUGAGCUCUCUCACACACGUGUGGAACUGGAUGAGGAACGUGAAGCACGGAUCUCUUGUGAAAAAGAACUUCUUAAAAAAACAGAGAAGGAGAAGGAACUUGAAAGCAAAAUAAUGUUUCUGCUAAAGCAGCAGGGUGAGGAUGGAGGCCAUCCUUACUGUGCUGUAGAGCCUUUAACACAAGUGUCAAAAUCCUCUACCUGGCAUGAAAUGGUAAAAGACCUCCAGGAGGAAAGAGAAAUGUUGAUGGUGCAGCUGCGAACUCAGGAGCAAUUAGUGAAAGAUGUUCAAGAGCAGAAAACAGCUUCUGAUUCUGUAACAAGUGAAGUACAGUCUCUCUUUGGACGUCAGUUAGCUGCUUUGCAAAGUCAAAGGGAUCAAAUGCAAAGCCAGCUUGAUGCUCAGAAGGCUAAAAAUCAGACAAUAGCAGAGCUGCUUGAUCAGAAAACUGUAUCUGAAGAGACAUUGCUAAAAGAACAGGAGUUGCUCAAAGCUGAAAUCUAUAAUAAAGAACAAAAUUUAGCACUCUUAUUGAAGGAAAAAACAGCCUUAGAAGAAAGAUUAUCUGAUGUGGAGAAGGAUCUAAUAAAAACAGAAAAAGCGCUAGCAGAGAAUGCCAGCAUCAUUGAGGAUCUUGAAAAAAACAUACAUGAACUUAAUGCAGAAGUGAAAAACCUCAAAGAUAUACAGCAGUGUGAAAGACUGGGAUAUGAGGACAGACUAAACUUCAGCAACCUAGAAAUUCAUAAACUUAAUGAUGAAAUAAAGGCAAAAAGUACUGAAUACAGUGAGAAAAAAAGCCAAUUGACUGAAGAAAUUGCCCAUUUGAAGAAGUCUUGUUUGGAGCUUGAGACUCGCUUGCAGGAGUCCUUCCAGUCUGCACAAGCUGCCCAGGAGGCACAAUCCGAGAUGGUGAAACAGUACAAAGAGGAAAUUGAUAAAAUGGAGACUCAACACCUUGCCAAAUUAACUGAAGUGAGUUUGACGCACAAGAAAGAGAUAGAAGAAUUAAAUGCUGAAAUAAAAGAUAAAGUAAAAAACCAGCAGAAGUUGGAAGAAGAAAGGAAGGAACAGAUUGCUUUAAUAAAAAAGGUACAUGAACGAGAGCAUGAUCGUGAAAUCUCUGAACUGAUUACUAAACAUGAAGAGGAAAUGGAGAAGCUCCGUGCGGAACUAAAUAAAGAACAGCAGCACCUGUUGGAUGACCUUCGUCAGCAAAUGGCAGCCACACACAAAGCAGAGAUUGAACAAGCUCAGCUCCAGUUGCAGACACUGCACAGCCUUGAAUUGGAAACUUUACGCCUGAGCUUAAAUAACAUGCACACCUCCCAGCUUGAGCUUACACAGUCUAACUUGAGAAAAGAAAAGGAAACUGCCCUUGUGGAACUACGGGAGAUGCUCAAUGAUAAGCGUGCUCAAGAGGUAGCAAUUUUGCAAAGCCGCUAUCAGCUGGAGCAGGACAAGAUUAAAAAUCAGUGUCUGAAGGAAAAAGAAGACCUUAAGUCAAAUUAUCAGCAAGAACUAGUUGAUCAGAGAAAGAAAAUAGAAUUGGAAAUGGAAGAGACACAUAUCCAGGCAUUAGAGACUCUCAAAAGAGACUGGGAAUUGGAGUCUGAGAUGCGUUUGAAAAGCACGUGUGAAGAGCUGUCUGAAAAACAUCAGACUGAAAUGGUGGAACUGCAGAAAACUCUGGAAACGGAAUUAGAAAAAGUCAAAACAGAGCUGGGGAUUGUCUCUCUUGAGAAUGAACGGUCUAAAAUAAAAUGUAUAGAAUUGGAGAAGCAGCACCAGUUAGCCAUUACAAAAUUACAGGAACAGCUGCAGACUGAACAUAACCAACUCCUAGAAGAUAUGAAGAUGAAAAGCCAAGAAAAAGAACAGAGUCUUGAAAAGGAGCUGGAGAAACUUCAGGUCAUGUAUGAAGAACUCAAGACUCGAUCACAAGAAGAAAUGGGGCAGCUUUGGUCUCAGCUUGAUAGUACCCGAGCAAAUCGGCAAGAGCUAAGUGAGCUAAAAGAGCAGCUUCUGGCUCGUGCAUCACGAGUGGAAGAAAUAGAGCGUUUAAAACAAGAAUUUGAACAGCAAUGUCAGCAGAGAAAAAUUGAGCAUGAAACUGAAUUGGAACAAUUGAGACUUUAUUUUGAAGAGAAGUUAAGGGUUGCUGAAGAAAACUACAAUGAAGAAUUGAUGUUGCUGCAUCAGAGAUUGCAAGGACUGAAGGAAUAUUCACCCUCAGAGUUGGAAGUGAGUCAAGAUGAAGCAGCUGACAUCAGUUCUUCUGUUGCAGUUUUUGAAGAGACUGCUGAUAAAGAGAGAAGGGACACACUUGGUCAGCUAAAUCAACAACUGGAACAAUAUCAGGUACAGGUUCAAGAACAACACAGGCAUGAAUUAGAUUCCUUAAGGUCUUCCCUUACACUUCAAUAUAAGGAGGAUCUAAUGAAAAUGAAGAUGGAUCUGUCAGACAAAUAUGUAACAGAAAUUGAGGAAAUGAAAAGAAAGCAUUGUUUAGAACUUGAGCAGCUCCGUGCCCGACUUUCAGAAGAACAUAUUAAAGAAAUCACCAAACUGCACCUACAGAGUGCUCAAGACGCAGCACAUCAAGUUGAAAUGGAGGUGGCUGAGCGAGUGUCUGUGCUGGAGGAAGAACACAAAGCUAAGCUCUCUUUCCUUCACUCUGAGAAACAGUGUAUUGCAGAGCUUUUGGAAGAAAUAAAGCAUUUAAAGGGAGAGAUUACUAAACAAAAAGAUUUUUCUGAGCAGAAUGAAAAGCAUCUGAAAGAGGAAAUGGAAAAGGUAAAAUAUAAAAUUGCUGAGGAUCACAAGAAUAAAUUAAGAGAAGCCAGAGAAGAAAUCCAGAAAAUAGAGACUAUGUACAAAGAAAAAGAGAAGAAAUGGAAAUGUGAAAGUGAGGACCAGAGAACCCUAACAGAAGAGAAGUUAUCAUUGUUACGUAUAGAACUGCAAAAUAGAGCAGAAUGUGAGAAGCAGAAAUUACAAAAGGAGUUUGAACUUCGUGAAGCUGAAAUGAAUCAGCUUCAAGAUCACCAAGCUGCCAAAAUUCUAGAAUUGGAGAAGUUGGUAGAAGAGCAGCAAAAAAUUUUGCAGCAACUAGAGGACAGCCUUGCGUGUGCACAGAAAUCUCAGGAGCAAUGUGACAGUGACCUGCAGGCAGCCAGAGCGCUCAUGGCAAAAGAAAUGGAAAAGGCCACACUCUGUCUGCAGGAAGAAUGUACACUGAAACUUAUGGAAGCACAAAACAAGUUUAUGGAGGAACACAAAACUAUGACUCAGAAAUUCACAACUGAGCAAGAGACUCUUCUCCAAGAGCUGAAAAAGAAACAUGUCGAUGAGCUUGAACUCCAAAGUCAGCAGUUACAGGAGAAGCAUAAGCAACAAAUUUUGUCUCUUACAGCUGAGCUUCAGACAAAGCACCAAGCUGAAAUUGAGACCCUUAAAUCUACACUAGAAAGUAAACAGCAGAAUCAGCUAGAAGCUUGUGUUGCUGAACUACAGACAAAGCAUCAGGCACAAAUUGAUGAGCUGGAGUCUAAACACUUAUCAAAUCUGGAUUCCCUGGAGUCGUCCUACCUGUCUGAAAUUCAGAAUAUAAGGGAUGAACACAGUCAGGCUCUUGAGAAGCUACAGCUGCAGUACACAGAACAGCUCCGUGAAAAGGAUAAAAUGCAUCAAGCGCACUUGGUUGAGGAGAUAGAGAUGUUGAAAUUAAAGCAUGCUGAAGAACUUCACCUUUCCCAAAAUAAUUUGAAAAUUGAGCUAGCUACUGUUCAUAUGGAAAAACUUAAAGCCAUGGCUGUUGAAGCAGAAGAGGUUCAUAAGGAUGACUUAGACACAGCUCUUCAAAAUCAAAGGAGGUUGCUGGAAGAAGAAAAACAUCUGGCCCUGGAUAUAUUACGUGAGGAAGUAUUGCAUAUGGAAGAAAAGCAUAGAAAAGCACUUAAAGAACUUCAGGAUCUUCAUGAGGCAGAAAUUAAGAAACAUAAGGAAGAAUACUCCAGGGAGCUGGAAAAAGAACUGGGAAAACUAAAAGCACAGCAUGAAUAUGAGCAAGAGAUGUAUGCUUCUGCAUCGGCAUCUGAAGUAGAAACUGUGAGAACAGCUCUUCUGGCUCAAUUUGAGGGGGUAAAAUUGAAGCAGCAGCUUCAAUUCCAGGAAGAGAUUGAGCUGCUGAAGUGUCAGUCAGAGGUACUGCUUGAACAGCAGAUUGCACAGCUGAAGGACGAAUUUGAAGCUGAAAAAAAGGCAUCACUACACGACAAGGAGCACAUGUUGAUUCAAGAGAGGGAGAAGGCACAUGCUGCUCACCAAAAGGAGCAGGAGAUGUUAUCAGCCCAGCUGCAGGAAAAAGCAGCAGUAAUUAUCCAGCUGGAAAAGAAAGUGGAGACUUUAAACCGUGAAAUAGAGGAGACCAACUCUGACCUGGAGACACUCCUUCAGCGUCGGGAUAGAGAAAACCAAGAAGGAGGGAAUUUGGUAGCCAUGUUGAGAUCUGAUAUUGAGCAGUCCAAGGAUGAAAGGAAAAAACUGCAGGAAUCUUAUCAGCAUCUCUUGAAAUUGCUUACGGAGUUGGUGAAGGCUGUAAUAGCUAUUGAGGACCUUAUCUGUAGCAAGAUUGGUCUUUGCCUUGAUGACAGUCUGGCUUCUGGAGAUACUGGUGAAAGUCACAGUAUUAUGGAAGAAAUCGGAUUCAUGCAGUACUUCAAAGCCAAAGAAAAGCAUCACCUAGAAAAAGCUUGCUUGUUUUCAGUAGAUGAGCUGCUUGAUGAAACUCUCACAGAACACAACCAGCUAUCUCCAGUGCCUGACGAGAGGGCCGAGUUGAGCCAAUACUUAUGUGAAAGUGUUUUUGCAAAGCCAGAAUUGGCAUGUGAAAAUGAAGAAAUGAUUCUGAAAAUUUGUCAUCGUUUGCAAGCUGCAGUGGAGAAACUGCUGGAACUGGCUACAGAAUCAACUAAACAACUGGAGAAAAUGCAUGAAAACCAUGCACAAUUUGAAGAAGAAUUCAGCCGACGAAACCAGGAAACCGCCCAAGUGGUUAGUCAGCACCAGGAGCUAAUGGAGUGCCUCAGCGAGGAAAGCGAGGCCAAGAAUCAGCUGGCAUUACAGCUUCAUAAAGCAGAAGGCAUUAUCGAAGGCUAUGUUGCAGAAAAAGCUGCAUUGGAAGAGGCCUUGAAUCUGAAAGAGGAAUCUGAACGACGCCUUGUUGUGGAGCUGGAGAAUAUGCGUGAACGCUUCCAGGAGCUAACCCAAGAGCAAGCAAUUCUUGGUCUACUCAAGGAAGUAGAACUUUUAGCAAAGGAGAAAUUAGAGCUUCAAUGUCAGGCAGAAAAGGACCAUUCCAACUUACGCUCUCAAAUGAAAGUUUUGGAGGUGGAACUGGAAGAACAGCUGCAUAGUAAUCAAGACCUAGCUACACAAUUACUGGAGGUUGCUGAAUUAAAACAGCAAGUUCAAGUUCUUGAAAAACAACUUAAAAAACAGCGGCAAUUCAUGGAUGAACAAGCUAUAGAAAGGGAACAUGAACGUGAUGAUUUUCAGCAGGAAAUUCAGAAACUGGAAGAACAGUUAAAACUUUCGGCAAAAUCGCAGACUUCAGGAGAGCCCAGAGAGUGCAGGAACUAUGAAUUGAUUCUACAGGUAGAAUCCUUGCAAGCGGAAAUAAAAGGGAAGAUGGAUGAUUACAAUAAGCUGUUAUUAGAAAAGGAGCAAAAACAUCAAGAAAUUGCAACUCGUGAUAAAGAGAUAGAAAAACUGGUGGCACAGAUACGAGAACUGGAGCACAGCAGUACUGAAGUCUCAAAGACUGUACACUACUUGGAACAACAACUGCAAAAAAUGAAGAAAGCGGAAACCGAAUUGAAACAAGAUAAAGAGGCAUUACAACAGCAACAGUACAAUAACCUCAUUCAGAUCUCUGCUCUACAGUCUAAAUUGGAUGAAGCGAGGCACAGAGUACCAGCAGACGGCAGUCCUGCCCCAGUGCUAAAGGAGCAGUUACAAGCAGAGCAGGAGGCACUUCAGGCAAAGGAGAGAGAGAUUGCAAGCUUGUUAGACCAACUACAACAAUAUAAAGAUAAUUUGAUCAGUAAAAACGAGGAGAUAUUGCAGCUGAACUUGCAGUUAGAGAUGCAAAAAAACCUUAGUACUUCCAGCAUCAGCCAGCUUCAGUUAGAGAAUGCACACUUGAAGGAGGACCUAACAAAACUUCAUGUGAAGCAAAAUCAGGACCUGAGUAUUAGUGAUUCCUCAUCCUUGUCGUUCCCACAAGCCCUACUUAAAGAAAAGAAUCAAGAAAUCGAUCACUUGAAUGAGCAGAUGAAGAGGCUUCAGCGUAAGCUAGAGAAUACUCUGGAGAAUAAAGUUAUGGAAGACCAAAAAUCUGAAAUUGAAGAACUCAGAUCACUUGUUGAGCACCUUCGGGGUGACCAGGAAAGGCUGCAUAAGGACAAAGAAGAAGAGGUAGAGCAACUCCAUGGAGUAAUUGAGAAGCUUCAAAAAGAGCUGGCACAAUUUGGACCAGUAUGUCAUGAAGUUAGUGACAACCAAGAUCAAUUUGUAUUGGGAAAGCCAGUGGAAAACCUUCAGAAUGAGUUGAGGAAGGGACUGAUAGAUUGUCAGGGUGAUAGUGAUCCAAACGGAAAAAAUACGUUGCUACUCUCCAAAGUGAGAGAACUUCAGGAGGAACUAGAGGUUGUCUCCACUGCUAGAGAAGCUCUUCAGCAGCAACUGGAAGAGAAGGAAUCACAGUUCAAAAUGGAAGUGGAAAUUUUGGAGAAAAAAUGCCAAAAAUUACGAGAGUCAUCAGAGCAGCAUGUUGCAGAGCUAACCUCUCUGAGAACACAGUACGAUGCACUUCAGGAAGAGUACAGCCUUUUCCGAACACAUUUUUCUCAGAGAGAGGUUGAAGCAAGGAUGACAUUUUCUCAUGUUCAAGAACUUGAAGAUACUGUGAGAGAAAGGGAAGAAAAUCCUCUAGAGAAAGACAGGCAAAUGAAGAGAAUGGCGGAUCAAAAAGAAGCUGCCACAACCAAGCUGCAGUACUUAACAAAAGAGGCAGCAGAGCUUCAAACCGAGUUGGAAAAGAGAGAUGCAAGUCAGGCUCAAGAUGUUUGUACACUUCAGUUAGAAGUUUCUAGACUUGAUUUCCAGGUGCAAACACUGAAUCAGAGAGAAGUAGCUUAUCAGAAAGAAAUCAAUGAACUGCAAGGUAGCACUGCAAAACUGAAAGAUCAAAUUGAGGCAUAUGUGAAAGAGCUUGAAGCCUUACAAUUGGAAAGAGGUGAACUUAUUUCACAGUUGCAGUUGUACAAGCCAAAGGAGCAACAUGAUCACGAAGAGACUAACUUUCUCAAGCCGUUCUGCCAGGGAGAAAGAAAAGGCGAAGCCCUUAAAAAAGGCAUGGAGGAAUUGGAAGAACUGGAAGCAAAUAUUGAUAAGUCAUUUGCAGUACUGGCUUCCCCUACUGAUAAACCGGGAAAAGAUGAAGUUAUGUUUGACUUGACGACUUGCAAUAAAAAUCCAAAACCUCAGAUUAAGCGAUUACAAGAAAAUAUCUUGACUCAGGAAUUGGAUGUGAUCAACAAGUCUGAAGAGGAGCAAAAUUUGAAAAAGCAUUGCCAGCAAACGUUGGAAAUUCAUCAAACUCCCAAUUCUCCAAAACACAAUUUGAACAUAGGCAAAGACACUUCAAAAGACUCUCAGAAUUUCAUUGCAGGUAUGGCUUUAUGGGGCUCGCCUGAGAUUGUGAGGAAGCAAGAUAUAAGCAUGGAGCUUCAACCAGUGCUUCAUCUGACGCCCUUUUCGGAAGUUGAAAGCACAGAUUUUGAAAUGAUGCACUCCAGGUCAUCCAUGCAAGAAGAUAAUUCUCUAUUGCUGGGAUAUUCUAACCUGUAUGAAAAUGGCAGUGAGGAGGCAGCAGUGGGAGUAGACAGAAAAUCUCCAGCUUCCUCUGAAAGUACCUAUUCUGAUGACCAAGAUAUGGAGAAGAAGAUUUUUCAGAUGAGAGAAGCUGAUAAUCUAACUUUAACCCCUUCUGAUUUACAAGAUGAUGUAAGAUCAAGACCAUCUGCUGUAGAUGCAAUGAGCGAUGGAUAUGGCAGCAAUACCAGCUCAAAUUUGGCAGCUAAACUAAUGCAGGAGCUACAAACGUCAGACCACCUAGAUGCUAGUUCCAUGGCUUAUCUGCAGUACCGCGGAAUGUUUCCAGAUAUUAUGCAAUCAAUGAAAGAAAAGGAAAUACUUUCACCACAGCUGAAGACUGUGCUGAAGAUGGUAUAUGAGGAGAGCCGCAAGAUAUUGGCUUUGUCAGAACAUCCCGUUGGUUUUAGGGAGCUGAAAAAUGUUCAUGAUACCAGAGCGGUGAUGGAGGGAUGGCAGAAGGAGGGCUUAACCUUGUUGGAUGCUAUACAGUCACUGAAAGAUUACGUUAGCAAGGUGGCAGAUAGAGGAGACAAGGAACAUUCAGGUAUUGCUGCUGACUGGAGAGGAGAACUCCUGCAAGCGGUACAGAGCAUGUUUGAGAAGGAGAGAAAUGUGUUGCAAAUUGACUUGAAGUCUCACUUCUCCAAUCAUGAGUCUGGUGAUGACGGUUCGUUAGUGGAAAAACUGGAGUAUAUCAUGAAACAACAAGAGGAACAGAAGCAGAUGGUUGUAGAGCACUUUUUCUCCUCAGACCGGAAUAGCUUGCUCUCUGAAAUACAGGAUCUCCGAGCUCAGUUGCGCAUGACACAUCUUCAGAACCAGGAGAAGCUACAGCAGUUACAGGAAACCCUUACCAAUGCGGAAGAUCAUGGGAGCAAACAAGAGCACUGCCUUCGGAGGAAAGUUGAAUUAUUAGAAUAUAAGCUUCAGCAGGAAAAAUCUAUUGUAAGUGACUUGCACAGCACCCUGUCUGAGGAGCAGAAGAGAGCCUCUGAAACAUAUGAUCUCUUGAAUCAAGAAAAAGCAGCCCUGAAAUUAGAGCUUUAUGAAAGUAAGCAAGAGAAUGAAAGACUGCAGAAAUCCCUAGAAGAGCUUCAGAGGGAGAUAAACCAGUUACGUUUUGCAUUGGAAAAAAACCAAAAGGAUUUGACAGCUGCCCUUGAAGACUUGCAGACAGAACAUCUGAAGGAAACAGAGCUACGAGGUUUGUUUGAGGAACAACAGCUUCAGCAUAAGAAAGCAGAAGAUGAAAAGACAAAGGCCUUGGAGGAGCUGCAGGCUGCCUUGGACUUGCAGUCAGUGCAGAAUAGCCAACUGGCUGUAUCCUUGGAACACGAGCAAACAGUUAACGAUAAUCUCCGCAAGGAACUUCAGAUUGAGCACUCCCGCUGUGAAGCAUUGCUGUCCCAGGAACAGACCAAACUGUCGGAGCUACAGAGAGCUUUGGAUGCUGAGAAAAAUCGUUCGUUGGAGCUCCUGAACUCCUUGAAUCAUGAACGCAUUUUGACGGAACAGUUGAGCAUGAGAGUGAAAGAAGGUGCUUCUUGCCAGCACAGGGAAUUGCUGCUGGAACAAGCCUUUGUUCGAGAACUCCAAGCCCAGCUGGAAGAAGAGAGGUGCAGAACUAUGGAGCUAGCUGCUAUUAUUGAGAAAACACACCAGAAGGCCAUUCGUUCCAAAAGGAAGCUAGAAGCUGAAGUACAGAUGUGCUGCGAAGAAACCCAGAAGGAGAGAGAGGCCAGCGACAAAUUACGAGCUGCACUGGAAUCUCUUCAGGGUCAAAAGCGAGAGGUAAUCCGUUCCUUAGAAGCCCAGAAGGAAAGAGAGGUGAAGCUGAAAGCUGACUGGGAACAACUGCAGGUGCUCUUCAAGAUGAUGAAAGAGCAAGAUAAAAACAAGAAAGAGGAGAGAGAGAGAGAGCAAAGACAGCAGCAACAAAGAGAGCUAGAGAAACAGAAGGACUGGCAGAGAGCUCAAGAGAGACUGCAAAACUUGGAACGGCAACACCAGAGAGAUGAACAAAGAAUUAAAGAGCUGCAGGAAUUACUGGCAAUAUUAGAAGAAAGAGAAAGAAAUCUCCCAUCUCCAAACUGUCAACAAGAACUAUUGCGUACCUUAAACAAAGAUCAAAAUGCCGAACAGGCCACAACAAAAGAAACUGAAAAAUCACAUUUGCAACAGCAGCAACAGCAGCUAGAAAAGAUAAGACAGCAAUUGCUUUUUGUGGCUGUGCAGCUGAAUGCGUUCAUAUAUAAAACUGUAAAUAAAACCGUUAAUGACUGGUCUGCAUCAAAUGAUGAAGCUAUAGCCUCUUUACUGCAGACAUUAAAGGAACUAAAGUCAGGUUUAUUGUCUCCUCUUGCAUCUCAGACCAGAUCCGUGGAUGACACGGAGUCUGUUCGAGAACUGGAACGAGACGCUUGGCAGCUAGAGAGGGACAUGGUGCAGAACGCACUGCAACAGGCCGAGUCUGAACUGGCUAAAGCCACCCUUGAAACUGAAAACAAACCAGGGGCAGAAGCUUCUAGUUCUAAGUUGCAGAGACUAUAUAGGAAGUACCUUAGAGCAGAGAGCUUUAGAAAGGCUCUAGUUUAUCAGAAGAAAUACCUCUUGCUGCUUCUUGGUGGAUUUCAGGACUGUGAGCAAACAACCCUCUCUCUAAUAGCACGUAUGGGAUUCUACCCCUCACCUGCAGACCUGCAGCUUUCUGGAUCACGUUCCCGUCCUUUUACCAAGUUCAGAUGUGCAGUCAGGGCAAUCGUCGCAGUAUCAAGGUUAAAGUUUUUGGUGAAAAAAUGGAACAAAGUUAGCAGGAAGAGCGCACAGGGUGAAACCAUUUCUCACAGCAUAGGAGGUCAUACAGCGUCUGGCACCAGAACAGAAAUUCCAAAAGAGCAGCAGCCCCCAUCUGUUGACGUCAGCUCUCCCCCAACCCGGGACACUGGGAUGUGCCGCAGAACCAGCUCUGCGAGAUUUGUGAGCCACUCCCCCAGAUCCUCUUACUGCUUACACAACAGAUUGCAUCCACCCACAAGUUCAGCUUCAGAAAAGUCACUUGUGCCUACUCAGGAUCCUGAACGAUCACUGACGGAAUAUAUCCAUCGCUUAGAGGUUAUCCAGCAAAGACUAGGGGGUGUGCAGCCAGGUCAAGUUCCAGGCCCGCCUCACCAGAGAAACAUGAAAAAGUGAUAAGAACGCUUCUGAAAGCUGUACUGUGAACCUCCCUGAGUUAUUGCUUCCGAGUUAGUCCAUGCUGAAUGGAGGCAGUUGUGGUCUCUUCUGCAACUGAAUAAUGGGCAGUGCUUUUGCAUCAGAUUUUUAUAUGACUUUUUAUUACAUUUUAGUACUUCAAAAGGAAAUUACUUUUCACCAAGAACAAUGUUUUACAUUCUCAUGUGAAAUUACUACUACGUUAACAGCUGAAGUGUGCCUGCAUCACUGUAUUGUAACUUGCACAGUGUCCCUUUGGUGUUUAUUUUUCUAUAGUGUAUAGUUGAAUUCCUUGUAAAAAAAGUUAUUAAAAUGGCAUUUUAUU